GAGAAUCUGCCUUGAGACAGGAGGACAGUGGCGGGGGUUUCUCCGGGGUGAGGGGACGAGGCCGGCGCCUUCUCCUCCGGGUGGAAGGGAGACAGUGCUCAAUUACUGACCUUCCUCUCUCGCGUCACGUGACUCGUGGUGGUAUAAAAGCUUCCCAGCAGCCAGGUUCCUUACACUCUGUUCCUGUGAAGUGGGCGGCAGCCGUGGCUGAAGCUCUGCUUCUCAGAAGCUCUCAGACUUUCCUUUUCCAAGAAGCCAUCUAUCUGGACCGAAGACAAGAGCAGCCAUGCCAGACACGAAGAGCUCCUUGAUCCUCGUGGCCUACAUCCUUAUCUUCCUUACUGGUUUCCCUGCCAACCUCCUGGCCCUGCGGGCCUUUGUGGGCCGGGUCCGCCAGCCCAACCCCGCACCCGUCCACAUCCUCCUGCUCAGCCUGACGCUGGCGGACCUCCUCCUGCUGCUGCUGCUGCCCUUCAAGAUGAUCGAGGCUGCCUCUAACUUCCGCUGGUACCUGCCUGAGCUGGUCUGCGCCCUCACGGGUUUCGGCUUCUACAGCAGCAUCUACUGCAGCACGUGGCUCCUGGCGGGCAUCAGCAUCGAGCGCUACCUGGGAGUGGCCUUCCCCGUGCAGUACAAGCUGUCCCGCCGGCCCCUGUAUGGCGUGAUUGCUGCCGUGGUCGCCUGGAUCAUGUCCUUUGGUCACUGCACCAUCGUGAUCAUCGUUCAGUACUUGAACACAACCCAGAGGUCCACGGAGGAAAUUACCUGCUACGAGAACUUCACCGAAUAUCAGCUGAAGGUGGUGCUUCCCGUGAGGCUGGAGCUGUGCCUGGUCCUCUUCUUCAUCCCCAUGGCCGUCACCAUCUUCUGCUACUGGCGCUUCGUGUGGAUCAUGCUCACCCAGCCCCACGUGAGGGCCCAGAGGCGGCGGCGAGCUGUGGGGCUGGCCAUCGUGACACUCCUCAACUUCCUGGUGUGCUUCGGGCCUUACAACGUGUCCCACCUGGUGGGCUUUUACACGAAGCAAAGCCCCAAGUGGCGGGCAGAGGCCGUGGUGUUCAGUUCCCUCAACGCCAGCCUGGAUCCACUGCUUUUCUACUUCUCUUCUUCCGACGUGCGCCGAGCCGUCGGAAAGGGGCUUCAGAUACUGCGGCACCGGGGCUCCUCUCUGCUGGGAAACAGAGGCAGAGAGCCAGCAGAGGUGACGAAUGGGGACAGGGGUGUGAGUCAAGCAGAGGGAGUAGCGAGUUCUGACUUUACCACAGAGUAGGGGUGUACGGGACCUCCGGAGGCGCUGGGGGCACGUAUGGGUGGAGCGGGCUGGGCGCGGGAGGGCAGGAGGGUUCCAGACUCGGGAAUCCUCCGACCGAGUCCACGACUGGGACCGGAACAACCCUUCUCACCGGCUUGCUGGCCCUUCCUGACUGCACCUUCCUUCCCAGAGGAACACAGAAGGAGAAAUGGUUAGGCAUAGAAGCACUGUCAGGCCAAGUCUCGGAAGCCACGGGGCCAAUAUGAACUCAGUCCUUGUGAGGUGCUCGGAAGCUGGGGAUGGUCGGGUUGAAGCAGAGGAUCCUGAGGCAAUCUGGCCAUAAGCUUUGAGACGACACCUAGAUGCUGGGCUAGCUGUUGAUGCUGGAAAGAAGCCAGGGCAGAAGAGAUGGAAGAGAAAUACUAAAUGAGGUUAAAGAAGGCUCGGGAGAGGUCUGAGCCAAGGGAACUAGGAGGAAGGGCUGAGGGCUCGGGUCUCUAAUGCUCUAGAUUUCUGCUGUAUCCAUCCGACCGGCUGCUUUGUAACUGAGCUGCAGUCAUCUUCAUGUGUGUGUCUUGUGUUCCCCCUUAACCUGGGAACUUCCUGAGGUUCGGGUCUUGUCUUCCUCCCUCAUGGCACUCCACACAGGUCCGGAUACAGCCUGGUACCCACCAGCCAGAGCUCAAGACUGACUAGCACAGGCGUAGACAGCCUGGUCUGGCAGGUUGAAAAUAAAGAUGCUAAAACUCUGAAGUGAGUGUCCACAAUUUUUGUAACAUUUCUGCCAGCACAGAGGGCAAAAAUGGGACGAAGAACCAGACUCCAUAGCAAAGAGGGACAGUGAGGCAUCUGAAAGCCCAGAAACACUUUAAGGAAAAGAAUUAAUACGAGUGGACUAAGUGAGGGGACUGGGGCGGGGGUGAUCCUGUUGAGACUGAUGAAUGGAGACCAGAUUUAGAAAGAGAAAGUGGGCUGAGUCCUGAUUCGGAUGUAUCAGAGGGGGCUUAAAAUAUCCUGCUCUCCUGCUUAGAAACCUGCAGAGUUUUCCGACCAUCCAAAGUUGGAGGGGGGUUGGGAGGAUGGGUGGAAAAGGAGAAGGGAUUAAGAAGUACAAAUUGUUCGUUAGA